UGUUGUUCCUCCAAGGACCAAAUCACCUCCAGAGGAAGUUUCUCCGUCUCUAUCCUCCCUUGCCAUUAGGAAUAAUGAUAAAUUGAAUUAUGACUCUCAGGCACGAGAAAAAUCAAAAGGCAGCGGGUAUCCCAAUGACACAAAAUCCAAGAUGAGUGUCGAGGAACAAGCAGAGCGCAUGAAGCGUCACCAGAAUGGAUCACUCAGAGGGCACACCAAAAGGCGAAGCCUAACCUUAACUUCGGGCCAGCUGAUGGCGGUGGGCUCGAGUAGCCCGAAGCCCAUUGCUCGGAGAGUCACGGUUCCUCGGCGUAAAACCACAGAGAUCGAUAUCACUCACCUGGAGGCAGCUGUCAGGAGGGAACACACAGGAAACCACCAUGAGACACCAAGGGAAGAGAUUGCCCGACUCAGGAGGAUGGAUGUGGAGCCCGAGCACUAUUCCGUGGACAUUAACAAGGAGUUGUCCACACCAGACAAAGUCUUCAUUCCUGAGCGAUACAUUGAGAUUGAACCUGAGCUUCCUCUCAGUCCAGAGGAGCUCAAAGAGAAGCAGAAGAAAGUGGAACGCAUCAAAACGCUCAUCGCCAAAUCCAGCUUGCAGAACAUCAUCCCCCUAAAUGAAGGGCUCACCGACACUAACAUAGACCCUGAGCUCCAGCUGCAGGAGCAGGAGAAGAGGAUUGAGAUCUCCUGUGCCCUGGCCACCGAAGCAUCCAGGCGAAGCAGGCUUUUAUCAGUUCCAGCUUCAAGCGCACCAGAUUCUUCAAACCCACCAUCAUCUCCCAUCUCCUCACUGCCACCUCAGAUUACUGACGGAAGCCAUUUAAUGUGUGUCUGAAGAAGUAA